GGGAGGACGGGAGAGGUGCCGCGCCAGCGUCGGUAGCGCUGCCACCGGUCAUCUGCAACGUGUCUCUCCAAGAAGACUCCACAAUGAAAAAAACAACCCAGAGUUGCUUCUUACUCAUCAUCCUUCUAACUAGAAUUGUUCCAAGUCUUUCUUCUACUGUAAAUUAUACUGAUCCUACAUUAGAGCCUGUAGUAACUGAAAAUUCAGUCAUACGGCAGAAGAUAAUAGAUUCACAGUUCAAAUGUUAUGAGAGGAUGAACAGAGCUCCUCCAUACAAGAAAAAAGGUCUGUUCUGCAACCGAACAUGGGAUGGCUGGUUGUGCUGGGAUGACACACCUGCUGGAAGGCUCACUGCUCAGAAUUGUCCAGAUUAUUUUCCAGACUUCGAUCCAACUGAGAGGGCCUCAAAAUAUUGUGAUGAAACUGGAAAUUGGUUCCGCCAUCCUGAGAGCAACCGAACUUGGUCCAACUAUACCCUGUGCAACUCUUUCACCUCUGAAAAAUUGAAGAUGGCGUUCAUACUUUAUUAUAUGGCGAUCGUUGGCCACGCCUUGUCUAUAACAUCCCUGUUGAUUUCCUUGGCAAUUUUCUUCUAUUUCAAGAGCCUCAGCUGUCAAAGGAUAACACUGCAUAAGAAUUUGUUCUUUUCCUAUGUGCUGAACUCCAUGUUUACAAUUGCCCACCUCAUUGCUGUCGUCCCUAACCCAGGCCUUGUAAAAAGGGAUCCUGUAAGCUGCAAAGUGCUGCAAUUCUUUCAUCAGUACAUGCUGGGCUGCAACUACUUCUGGAUGCUCUGCGAAGGCAUUUAUCUUCACACGCUGAUCGUGGUGGCAGUGUUUGCCGAAGAGCAGCGUUUGCACUGGUAUUACCUCUUGGGCUGGGGGUUCCCUUUAGUGCCAGCAACCAUUCACGCAGUUGCAAGAGCCAGAUACUUCAAUGACAAUUGCUGGAUGAGUGUUGACACACACUUGCUUUAUAUUGUUCACGGACCUGUAAUGGCAGCUUUAUUGGUCAAUUUUUUCUUUUUGCUGAAUAUUGUCCGAGUUUUGGUGACAAAGCUGAGAGAUACCCACCGUGCUGAGUCCAACAUGUAUAUGAAAGCUGUCAGAGCUACUUUAAUCCUGGUGCCCUUACUGGGAAUUCAGUUUGUUAUUAUUCCCUGGAGACCAGAAAACCGACUUGCUGGAGAAAUCUAUGAUUACAUCAUGCACAUACUAAUGCAUUACCAGGGCUUACUUGUGGCUACCAUAUUCUGCUUCUUCAAUGGUGAGGUCCAAGGAGCUCUGAAGAGGCAAUGGACGCAGUACAAAACCCAGUGGGGCCAAAGGCGCCGAGAGCACUGUUCCACACGAUCUACCUCCUACACGGCCACGUCAAUCACUGAGGUCCCUGUGUACCUGUACCAUCAUGAUGCCAACAAUGAACAGUUAAAUGGAAGAUACGUAGAGGACUCUGAACUGGUUGCAUUAAAAUCUGGAGACACGUCUGCCUAG